AUGUUCUCAACAGCUCGACAAGUUACGCUCUUCUGGGCUACCCUUUUGCUCGUCCUUCCGGGUAUUCUUUCGGCGCCAGCUAAGCGGACGCAAUGCACUAAUCCUCGCAUUCGUCGCAACUGGAACAGUCUGUCACAGGCGCAGCGGGACGCUUUCCACAAGGCAACAAAAUGUCUCCAAACUAAGCCUAGUAUCGUUGAAUCAGGGGGCGCGAGCAAGACGUUAUAUGAUGAUUACUCCUAUAUUCAUCUCAUAACUAAUCAGACUAUUCACAAAGUUGGUGCAUUCUAUCCAUGGCAUCGCUACUUCCUUAUUAUGCGUGAAAGGGACCUGAGUGAAUGCGGAUACACUGAAGGAAUUCCUUACUGGGACUGGACUCACGACGCUGAUAGUGUGAGCGCCUUCAAGAGAGCGAAAAUCUUUGACCCCAAGACUGGGUUUGGGAGAACGGGGUUCCCAGAAGGCGACAACUCGACGGCAAGCUGUGUUGAGAAUGGGCCAUAUGCUGGCAUGCAGAUGAACAUUCCCGAACCUCAUUGCUUGAGGCGCAGUUUCAAUUUGACUAGUGAGAUGCCUGGAAACUGGACCAGUGCUGUAGUGAAGAGGAUUAUGGACUAUCCCGACUAUAUCAAUUUUUGGAAUAAUACCGAACGUAUUCCCCAUGAUCACAUACAUCGUGCUAUUGGAGGUGACAUAAGGCGUCAAUAUUCUCCCAACGAACCUCUUUUCUUUGUCCACCACUCUCAGGUUGAUCGUCUUUGGACGCUUUGGCAGGGUCGUAACGAGACCCGCAUUUGGGAUUACGGAGGAAACACCGUCCAGAAUGUCACUACCAAUACAGCCACAUUGGGUGACCCGAUGAGAUUCUUAGGUCUUGCGGAGGACCGGCCUGUUGAGAGCUUGAUGGACACGUUAUCUAAUGGGCUAUGCUAUAGGUAUGACGAUGAGGAUACCAAUUAA